AAGUUAAAAAGAAUUGGAAAAAAAUAUCAUUAGUUGUUUCACAGAAUCUACCAACCAGCUUAUGAAUUAUUUUUGCAACUAGAACAGAUUGUAGCAAUGCAACAAAUAAAUUAGACUCUUUUGUAUACUGGAAGAUAUAAUAUGAGUGAAGAGAAACUGUGUAGCGAUGAGGUACCUCGUAAAUUUACCGAAUGGAUGUUGGCCAUGGGUUGUCCAACAGAGUAUCUUAGUGCAGAAAAGAUAACUUUGAUAUGCAGAGGGCAAUAUUACAUGGUAUGGCGGAGUUUAAUGGAACAUGUUUAUCCUAAGAAAACAAUAAAAGAAAAGAGAUUACAGGUGUUCUACAAUGAUAUAAAUAUAUGUAAAAAAAGCAACGCAUUUAAUCAGCAAAAUACAAAAGUAGUUGUACCGGAGCAACUAUCAGUUUGGCGGCAGCACAAUGCUUUACAGAACAAUGUGUGCGAUGCUGAAAUCAGAUUGAAACAAUCACAGCACAUGUUACAACAAUUGAUGGAUAAAAUUGAAACAAGAUUGUCCCAACGUAACAUAUCAUUUCAAAAGAUACAAGAUCUCCAGCGUAGAGUUUGGCUUCUCCAACAUGUUAUUGAGGAUUUGAAAUCUAAGAAGGAUAACUUUGAGGAGACAGCAACAAUUGCAAAUUCUUUAUGUCAUGUUAAAGAUGAUGGUGAUAUUCAGACUAAGGUGGACAAAUGUCUAGCAGUAUUACACCGGCGCGGGUCCCAGGCAUCGAAUGCGGCUUCUCUCUCCCUCGCCUCUAUAGCCAACCCUGCCGCCUGCUCCUCAGUUGUGUCUACUCAGAGUGAAUGUAAUGAUAAUGAAGAGGAGGUGUCAUCUUUAAUGUACUGUGGCGCGGAGGUGUGGGCUCAGCUGCGCGAGCGUCGUACGACGCUGGCUAAUGCUAUAGCCGCUGCAAAGAUCGAAACUAUGUCUUGUGAACGUGAUAUACGUGUCACCCCCCAGUCAGUGAUAACACACACGGCCAGCCUGCACUGCACACUCGCACUAGAAGUUAUGAAGAACAGGUUGCACUUCGAACAUAUACAAUCUAGAUUAACUAAUGCAGUAUCACAAUUAAAUGACUGUCUCUCCGGUGAGAAUUGUGAACUGUUGGUAUUGAAAUGUGAGAAAGAACAAUCUGAAGCCAAAGUGAAUGCAUUAAAAGUGCUAUUACAAGAUUUAAAAACAAAAAGUGGAAUAUUCCAUACAAAUGAUGAUGAAAUAAUUGCCUCACAAAAACCAAUACAACAAAUAGCUGUUAUUGAUAAAUCUAUUGAGACAAAAAGGGAUGAAUUAAUGUGGCUGAUCGGUUCCCUGUCUAUGAUGGAGCGUAAGAUACACAACGCUAAAGAAUGCCUGCUCACUGUGUUCAAUAAUCUGAGAAAAGAUUUGCCCGCACAUGAAAAUUAUAUCAACAAAGGAAUACAACUGGAUUUCCCAAAGGAGCAAAUAUCAACUCUUCGUCAAUUUUAUGAAGAAAGACGGGAGAGGCGCAGAUUAAAACAAGAUCUGAGCCUAGAUAUGGACUUAUCGGAAACCUCAUUCAGUGAUGUGGGUAACGAUCCAAGAUAUGUUGAUGAAUUAAAAAUUUAUUUGAAUAAGUUUAAAUUGGAACUGAACAGGAAACUUGUUUUAGAAAGCGGUGAGAAAAUCUGGAUAUUUGAGACUAUACAAGCAUUGAUCAGUCAACUACAAUCACAAUGGUUAUCAGAAGACAUGUCAUGUUCCCUUCUGCCUCCAUCCACAGGUCUGAACACUUUGCGUCAGUUACUUGAAGAAAUUGACACCAAGUGUACACUUGAAGCUUUCCUUAGACAAAAUAAUGGUGUUAGGGUAAAAGAUGUUUCUAUAGAUAUAAAAUCAAUAACCGAAGAAGAAGCACAAAGGGUUGACAAAAUGAAAAAGCAAAUGGCGCGCAACCAAUUGACAUUACAGCAGAGUAUUAAAAUCCUGGAUAUAGGAAUGGACAAUUUAAAAUUCUGGAGCGAUAAUGACCUUAAAAAAUAUAUCUCUAGUAACAGAACUGUUGAUGGAAAGACAUAUAGAGAAUAUGAAACUACUUAUUUAGAAACUCUUAGCUUAAGUGUUUAGAUAUUAUAUAUUAAGCGUUUACAA